CCGGAGGAUUGUUGAUAGCGUUCACAGCCGUUAAUCAUAGUUUUUCACUUUAGUAACCUACAUUAUGAACUUAACUGUAAACAAAGGGCCUUAUUUUGCGUUACAACGUAACGAAUAACCGUUAGACGUUUUUUUUUCCUGCUCGGCCUGCUGAAUUCCUUCAGAGUAAAAGUUACUAACAGUAUAUGCCAGUGUGCUAAAAUGCCUACUGAAGUGAAGCAGAGGAAGAAGACACAAAAACAAAGUGAUGAAGUGCCUGAAACGUCGGCUGCUAACGGUAAAGAUGAAGCACGAAAAGUGAAGACGGAGUCUGGAAACAACACAGGGGCAAAUAAAACGUCUUCGAGUCUGGACAUUAGAAGUAUAAUGUGCGUAUUGUCGCUUGCAGCGUGCGGAGCUAUGAGUUGGAUGGUGCUGCAACAGAACGAGAGGUUUUCCCAAAUGGAAGAAAAAUACAAAUCUAUACACGGGAAAACUUCGAGUCUGUUCGACAUGGAGAAAGAAGUCCUCAAAGUGUCUAAAAAGUGUGAGAGCGUCCAGCUGAUGCUGGAGGGUCUCAGGGGUCAGCGGGGAGCUCUGAAGCCUCAGCUGGAGGGUUUGGAGCAGGACGUCAGACGCCUGAAGGAGUGGGCGUCUGGGCUGACCGAGGGACGGGCUCAGCUGCAGAGCAGCCUGAGUUCACUGAGAGAAGCUGUGGGACUGAUCGAAGAGCGCACCUCGGCCAUCACCAAGGACUUUACAAACAAGGUGGCGUCAGUGAGGACAGAUGUGCGCAGGAUGGACGGCCUGAAGUCUGAGCUACAGUCGAUGCUCACUCAGGUCGGAGAGCUGGAGGACAAGACCGCGCAGGUGGAGCGCAACAUGGUCAAACGCAUCGGGGAUCUGCUGGCCAGCAGCAUCGACCGAGUCUCCAAUCUCCGGGCUGCAUCUGAACGCAACGCGCAGGCCAUUGAGCAGCUCCGCAGACGCAUCCCUGAACUCACCACUGCUGACAAACAGAUCUCUGAGCGUUUGAGGGAGCUGGAGAGCGGCAGAGCUCGCAUGAUAAAAACAGUGACCUUUGCCAGUGACCUUAAACCAAAGGUGACCUCUAUCAGGAGGGACUUUGGGGCGUUUGAGCCUCAGCUGUCAGAUCUGACUCUGCGGAUAGGAAGACUUGCAGAGGAUCUCACCAAGAGAGAGCAGGAGAUUGCUGAGCUUAGACAGACAUUAACUAAUCUCACUGCAGUGGAGGGAGAUUUAAGUGCUACCACGAAACAGGUUGGUGACAUAGCUGAUAUAUCUGAUAUUGGAGAGAUGCACCAGCCAGUGUGAGCACCACACUCUAACAACCAAAAGUGGAGACUGAUGGUUUUUUUGGCUUUCGCUCAGUAUUUCAUUUGGUCAACUGUCAUACUACUGUUUAGAGGUUUACAGAAAUAAACAUGAAACUGUGUUUACCAAACUCUGACACAAUCUGAACAGCCUUCAAGCAUAAAUCUGUAAACAGGAAACCUGAACCCAUGAAGAAGAAUGAAUGUAAACAAUCCAACAGCGAGUCCGUCAACAUGUCUUACAGUUGUGGGAAGUUUGCUGAGUGAGCUCAUGACAAAGACGUUCCCUUUGUUGCCUCUGUUCAGCUACAUUACUGUCACUGGUUUGAUGCUGAACUGAUCCUGAUAUGAAAUUUUACCACAUUUCAACAGAAAAUAAUUGAUUUCCAUGGGUUUUGUUUAGUAAAACUUGAUUCAGAGGCUGUAACUGUGGAGGAAAUGUAGACAAGUGUAAUAUUUUGGUCAUUUUUGAAGGUCCAGUAUUAUAGUAGUCCAGUCCAGUCCAGUUACAGUAUUAUAUAACAAAAUAAUGACUGGUAAGGUAAUAGUUUGGCAUUUGCACAUUUGCUCAUUAGUUCUCUAAUCAAAAGUUAUAGAUGCCACUUUCAUGUUAAAGCAGUUUUUACUUUUUAACCACACAAUAUUUUAUGGGUGCACCCUGGACAAAAGCUCCUCGCCUUAACCAUUAAGGUGUUACAACACUUGAUAUUCCAGUUUGUUAACAUGAACUAUGUACUAUGAGUAAUGCUACAUUACUGUUGGAGUUUACUGGCUUCCAAAUACCCUCCAGUAAAACUUUGAAGUGUUCUGGGGAAGUGGCCACAAAAGCACCGCCUUGGGUGUUGCACAAGGUGAAGCACAUUUCUGCAGAACACCUGGAAGAGAGUCAAAACCAAACACCCACAGAGAAAAUGAUCUAUUAUUUGUCACUGGUGUUUGCAGAUUAUAGAGCAGAGCAUGUGGCAUUCUGUCAUUAUGAGGCUAAGGAUAAUCUGCUUGACUCGACAUGUGUGAAGUGUCUUGCCACAGAUUAUGCCACAGAUUGUCCUGCUGAAUGAA